GAUCCCAUAGGUGAUGUUCUUGGGGGACUGCCACCAGCCAUGGCGGGCAAUGGGCAUUGUGUUAUGGCAGUUUCCCCACGUUACGACCAGUACAAAGAUGCAUGGGAUACUCAUUGACCAAGGCAGAUAAGAAAGAUGUGGUUGGUCUGCACGAACAGGUUUUUGUUAGAAAAGUUAUCAAGCUUCAUGACAAGUACAUGGCGUACGUAAAUAACUGUUUUAUGAACCAUACUCUUUUCCACAAGGCACUCAAAGAGGCUUUUGAAGUCUUCUGUAACAAAGUUGUUGGUGGAAGCUCAAGUGCAGAACUACUAGCCACAUUUUGUGAUAAGAUUCUUAACAAAGAACCAAACAACAAAACAAUCUCUCCACCGAAUCCACAUUAGUGUGCUUUCUAUUCCUUUUUAAUUUUUUUGGGAAAAUUACACUUCUUGACCAUUUUGAUUUUAAUUGAUGUAUUUAAAAUCUGAAUUGUUUCUAUUCUUAGGUAUGCAAUGCAUUGUUUUUUAUUUUUAA